AGUGCGUGUGCGAAUGCCUGUGUGGCGGUGACGCGCAGGCGACGGCGGGAAGGGGAGGGAGAGAGAGGGAGGGAGGCCACCGACCGCCAGAGCUGCUGGGCUGCUGGGCUCCUGCGCGCUCACGCUCCCCGCCGCCCGCCUAGGCGCAGGCAGGGCGCAGGCGGCGGCGGGCGGCAUGGAGAGCCUGCUGGAGAACCCGGUGCGCGCCGUGCUCUACCUCAAGGAGCUCACGGCCAUCGUGCAGAACCAGCAAAGCCUCAUCCAUACCCAGCGCCAGCGCAUCGAUGAGCUGGAGCGGCGUCUAGACGAGCUGAGCGCGGAGAACCGCAGCCUGUGGGAACACCAGCAGUUGCUGCAAGCCCAGCCUCCGCCUGGGCUGGUUCCCCCGCCGCCGUCUGCCCCACUGCCUGCUCCUGCAGUCACUGCUCCGGCCGCCGCUGCGGCCCAGGAACCGCUUCAGGACCACGGACAGCUCAUACCCGCUUCACCGGAGCCGCCGCUUCAGCACCACGGUCAGCUCCUGGCGCAGCCCCAACCUGCACCCAGCAGCAGGGUUCAGACUCCUCAGUCGCCCCACCAGCACCCGGUGGCACCCGGGGCCAUAGCUGACAAGGAGAAGGAGCGUCCCUCGAGUUGUUGUGCUGCCGCGGGAGCCCUGCUUCAACACGCAUCCCCCGCCGCCCUCGGCAAGGGCGUCCUGAGCAGGAGACCCGAGAAUGAGACUGUGCUACACCAAUUCUGCUGCCCUGCCGCUGACACCGAGCAGAAGCCUGCCUGCUCCGACCUGGCUUCCCAAAGUGAUGGCUCCUGUGCCCAGGCCGGUGGGGGCAUGGAGGACUCCGUGGUGGCAGCGGUGGCAGCCGGCAGACCCAGUGCCCAUGCCCCGAAGGCUCAAGCCCCGGAGCUACAGCAGGAGGAGGAGCGGCCAGGGGCAGUGGGCUCCCCACGGGCUGGCCCCCUCCGCGCGGCCUCUCCUGGCCGGCAGCAGCCUGCCCUGGCGACGGCGCUCUGCUCCCACACUCCUGCUGCCUCCGAAUACGAACUCUCCCUUGACCUAAAGAAUAAACAGAUUGAAAUGCUAGAACACAAAUACGGGGGCCACCUGGUAUCCCGACGCGCCGCGUGCACCAUUCAAACCGCUUUUCGCCAGUACCAGCUCAGCAAGAACUUUGAGAAGAUCCGUAACUCGCUCCUGGAGAGCCGCCUGCCUCGGCGGAUCUCACUGCGCAAGGUGAGGGCGCCCACAGCGGAGAGUCUGGUGGCAGAGAAGGCGCUCCUGGAGGGCUGUGGGCUCCUUGGGCUCCCGCUGGGGCGCUCGCCCUCGCUGCCGCCCACCUUCGCUGGCUCGCUCACCGAGCUGGAGGACUCCUUUACCGAGCAGGUGCAGUCCCUGGCCAAGUCCAUCGACGACGCCCUCAGCACCUGGAGCCUCAAGACCAUGUGCUCGCUGCAAGAGAGUGGCGCGUACCAGCUCCACCAGGCGCUGCACCCGAGUGCGGGACAGCCAGGCCUGGAGACCGAGGCGGCGGCGCGGGAGCCAGAGAGCGGCCCCGGGUCUGGAGAUGAGGCCGGUGGUCUGCCUCAGGGUCACAGCGGUACCCUCAUGAUGGCUUUCCGGGACGUUACGGUGCAGAUCGCUAACCAGAACAUCUCUGUUUCCUCCUCCACCGCCCUGUCUGUGGCCAACUGUCUGGGUGCACAGACCGCCCAGGCCACAGCCGAGCCUGCUGCCGCCCAAGCCGAACAAGAGGACACCGCGGAUCAGGAGGUCUCGGAAGUCCCAGCCUCGGAACAGAUGGACCCACCCAGUGAGGACUCAGAGGCAGCGGAGAGCCGCGCCCAGAGCGCACAGGAACCCGCGGUGGCACAGGCCGUGGUGGAGGAGGCGGUGGCUACAGAGGCAGAGGAGGAAGAGGAGGGGGCCAAACAGGCAGGGAAGGGGGCAGAGGCCGAGGGAGGCGACAACUCUGAGCAGCUGAGCAGCAGCAGCGCUUCCACCAAGUCUGCCAAAUCCAGCUCAGAGGCUUCUGCCGCUGCCUCCAAGGAGGCCCUGCAGGCUGUGAUCCUGAGCUUGCCCCGCUAUCACUGCGAGAACCCAGCCAGCUGCAGGUCCCCCACGCUCUCCACAGACACCCUGCGCAAGCGGCUGUACCGCAUCGGCCUCAACCUCUUCAACAUAAAUCCGGACAAGGGCAUCCAGUUCCUGAUCUCACGUGGCUUCAUCCCUGACACCCCCAUCGGUGUGGCCCACUUCCUCCUCCAGCGUAAAGGCCUCAGCCGCCAGAUGAUAGGAGAGUUCCUGGGCAACAGCAAGAAGCAGUUCAACCGGGACGUGCUGGACUGUGUGGUAGAUGAGAUGGACUUUUCCAACAUGGAGCUGGAUGAAGCCCUGAGGAAGUUUCAAGCCCACAUCCGUGUGCAGGGGGAAGCACAGAAGGUGGAGCGACUCAUAGAAGCUUUCAGCCAGCGCUACUGCAUGUGCAAUCCUGAGGUGGUGCAACAGUUCCACAACCCAGACACCAUCUUCAUCCUGGCCUUUGCCAUCAUCCUUCUCAACACCGACAUGUACAGCCCCAACAUCAAGCCUGACCGGAAGAUGAUGCUAGAAGACUUUAUCCGGAACCUCCGAGGUGUGGAUGAUGGUGCAGACAUCCCCAGAGAACUGGUGGUAGGCAUCUAUGAGAGGAUCCAGCAAAAGGAGCUCAAAUCCAAUGAGGACCAUGUCACAUAUGUCACCAAGGUGGAGAAGUCCAUCGUGGGCAUGAAGACGGUGCUGUCAAUGCCACACCGUCGCCUGGUCUGCUGUAGCCGGCUCUUCGAGGUGACCGAUGUGAACAAGCUACAGAAACAAGCAGCACACCAGAGAGAAGUGUUCCUCUUCAAUGAUCUGCUUGUGAUUCUCAAGCUAUGCCCAAAGAAGAAGAGCUCCUUCACGUACACCUUCUGCAAGGCAGUCGGCCUGUUAGGCAUGCGCUUUCACCUCUUCGAGAACGAGUAUUACUCCCAUGGCAUCACCCUGGCAACCCCACUCUCGGGCUCCGAGAAGAAGCAGGUGCUGCACUUCUGUGCCCUGGGCUCCGACGAGAUGCAGAAGUUCGUGGAAGACCUGAAGGAGUCCAUCGCUGAGGUGACAGAGCUGGAGCAGAUCCGGAUAGAAUGGGAACUGGAGAAGCAGCAGGGCACAAAGACUCUCUCCGUAAGGUCUGCUGGAGCCCAAGGGGACCCACAGUCGAAGCAAGGAUCACCCACAGCCAAGAGGGAGGCGAUGGCAGGAGAGAAAGCGGCGGAGAGCUCGGGGGAGGUAUUAAUCAAUGCCUCCCCAGCCCGACUCACCAUUUUACCAAUUUCAAGAGAUACAAUUAAAAGUUACUGCUAGCAUGGGUAACGCCACCCUUCCAGCGCCUAGUUAAGCCGCAAGCACUGCCAAACUACUGCUCCCCAGUCAGCCAGCUGUCCCUGCCCACUGCCCUCUGGGGCCAAGCUCCCAGCCCAGCCCAACCCAGCCCAGGGAGAUGAGCCCCCAAACACUAGUGGCCCCCCUUCCAUGCUCUUUGCACACCCACUACCCCCAAUACACUGCUCGCUAUCCCCCAAAUAUGUGCCAUAUCAGAGACUCAAUGGUCCAUUUCUAGAUCAUUCCUCAUACAGGGAGCCUGGGCUCCCUCCCAAAGUCAUACCCAAAGCCAAGUUCUCCAUGAUCACUCCUAGGGACAUCUGGACACCUCCUAGGGAAACUGGAGGACUGGGGUUUGAGACAGUGAGAAGGAAUUUCUCCCUGGAGCAACUAGUCUCUGGAAAGCUGGCCAUGGGGUGGGGUGAACACAGGAGAAAAAAAGAAGCCCAGCAGGGCUAGAUGCCUCAGAGGUUUUCCUUGGGGGAUGAGCUGGAGGAGAGGAUGCCAUUUCCAAACCACAAGGAAAAGGAACCUAGAAGUAGCGGCUGGCUUAUGCCAGCCCCAAGGCAGCCCCUAAAGGCGGCAUACACUGCCUCCCAUAUAAACCCUCUCCUUGGCUGCCAGGCCUUGAGGACCACCAGCUGCUCAUAGACAGUCCUCUCCCAUGCCCACCAGCAGGAGGGCUUCCCUAGAUGUAAGGGAGAUGCCCACCCAGCAGCCUGCCAAGCCCUGGGGAGCCACAGGAUACCUGGGAGUUCAGUUUCUCUCUGUCCCUGCACCCCAUCCCCCACGUGUUUCUGGAGGAGGCACCUUUACCCGGAGGAGCUUCCCGCCCCAGCAGCUGAACAGCCCCCAGGGUGGGUAUUCCAUCCCCUGCCCUGCGCCCGCAUCUUCCCGCAGCUGCCCAUUCUCAGCCUUGCAGAUAACCCUAGUCACCAGCCCUCCAGUUCAUCCUCUUGGGGCUACCCAGGGAGGAUCAGCCAUAUGGUGCCCCUCUUCCCUCCUAGCUGCCCAAAGGGGCCACACGGCUAUCUGCAAGGCUGCCUCGCCCCUCCAGCUAGCUCCAGGGAUCCUGCCAGCCUCUGCUUCCCUAAACAGAGGGCAAUCUGGCCACCCCACGGCCUCACGGCUUAGCCCUAGCUCCCUCUCCUCUGGCAUCGCUUGGCCAAGCCCCUAUGGCAGGCGCUCCUCCAUCUUCUCUGAGCUAUCGUGACUGCUACUCAUGUUCAUUCUCUCUCUCUCUCUCUCUCUCUCUCUCUCUCUCUCUCUCUGAGGCUUUCACUUACUGAGUUUUAAAGAUCUGAGAUAAUGUGGGACUGUCAUGCAAAUGGAGGGAAAUGGAAACUGUGUGCAGGCUGAGGCAUAGCCUACAGGAUGGGAGAAAGGAGAAGGAAGGCUCACUGGCUCUGAACUGGGUAGCCCAGUGUUGGUGCACCAGGCACAAGGGUGCCGUGAGGUGGGGGUUGGGAAGCAAAGAGGAUGAGCCCGGUCAGGUUGUCUCUGGCCAUUUCUCCUGGAGAAUUAUUAAGAAUCCUAGUAGAUAAGAGAGCCUGUGCCCUGUGUCAGCAGUGGUGGCGUGCCCUUCUGCCUAGGACAGCCCCCGAGAGGACAGAGAUGGCCACGCCCUCUACAGGCUAUGUGUCUCAACAGCAAUGAACUCCGAACACUUCACCUAGGAUGAUUUCCUGCCCGGGCAAUGCUGCCCCGGGGAGGGAGAGGAGGGAGAAAACAGCCUUGUAACUGGCUAAUUUGGGAGCUGGGGCUUGAGAAUCUUAGUGACAUCUUAGUGAGCCUUAUGGGAGACUGCACAAGUCUAGGAAAGGAGGAGGUCUCUGAAAUUACACUUUUAGACAGUAAACAGGACUGCUAAAUGCUGCUCUGGGGCUCUGAGAGAGUGCGAGCUAUUCUGGCCCAGGCCUGGAAUAAGGACUUCUCCUCUGCAGCUUCAGCAUGCCUCUCUGUGCCCAAGAAGUUGGCCCAUCAAGUUGGUACCUAAGGACAGACAGGCCCAGAAAAAUAAAAGCAUCUCCAGAGAGAAGGAUCCUGGGCACCCCUGAAGGCCCAUGUGUUUGGAGAAGAUGGUGGUGUCUCACAGCUAGGGAGAUGAAGGAUGCGGAUGAAGAAUGACAUCAUUCCCACCCCCUUGCAUCCAUUUCCUCUACCUCUUCUGUUAGCAAGAGGGCGCCAGAUGUGUUCAUACUCCUAGGCCUACAUAAUGGGUCUCAGAUGCAGGUUCAAGAGCAGACAGACUGUUGUGGGGCAAGGAGUCUAUUAGAAGAGUUAUUAACAUCCUGGACAGAGACAGACAGACAGACAGACAGACAGACAGACAGACAGACAGCAGACAGCAGACAGACAGGAGCCUGGCGUGGCUCUAAGGAGAGGCCCCGACACCACAGAUAGACCAUAAAUGGGGGUUCUAAAGAGAUGAAUCAGAGCCCGCAUGGUAGAAGUGUCUUCUUAGAAGUGUCUGAAAAAGCAUGGGCCUGCCACCGGGCUCUCUGGUUCCCAGGCAGGAGUCAAGGAUGUGUGGUGAUCACCAAUACCCACCUUGAUGCUAAUGCAUUUCUCUGGGUGAGAAUCCCUGGCAUCCAGAAGCCUGAUAGCUAGAGACUCGGAGGCGAUGCCCUGAGGAGGCACCUCCCAGUGUCUGUGGGAAGGAAAUGGCUGCUGCUGCAGCAGUUAUAGCCUGAGCAGCAAUUCUAACAUUACAUUCUUACAAUGCAUCUGCCCCAGCCACCUGCUCCUGACCCAUGCAAGGAACCAAGAUAGGAGCUCUCUCCGUCUCUCUUGAGUGAGACAGGAGGUGAUGGGGACUUGACUAUCUCAGCAUCUCUCAAAUGCAAAGGUCAUGGCCUCGGGGACGGUAGGAGGACAGGGCAGGUUAGGUCCACAGGACCCCUUUAAGGUUCCCCAGCAUUCUGGGCUCAGGCACCUUAAUGGUAAUGAUGAGGCUUCCUCCUUAGUCACAAGGAGGAUGGACCUGCUUCUCUAGCUCAGUGGGUAGAGAGAGUAUUCAUAGGGAGGACUUUGCCCUGCAGAAUCAUCUCACAGGAGAUGAGACGGGUCUGGAGAACCAAGGUGGUGGUUGAGAAGCUGUUUCCCUGCGGGUGGAGAGACAGACCACCAUGGGGAGGAAGGGCGGGUCAAAGCCAGCUCAAAAGCAUCCAAAGGACACCAGGCAGGAGAGGUCUGGAGGGAGGCUCUGGGAGGCUCGGGUGGCCAGCCCCAGCAGCUGGGAAUUAGUGGUAACAUUUCAUGCUUCUCUGGCUGUUUCUAAACUAGGUGUCAAUUCACAACAGGCUUCAAACGUCCCAGCACAGCCCCAAGUUGGGGGUCGAGAGGGGAGCGCCUGCACCAUCACCACCAACAUCACCACCGCCGUUGCCGCCAGACCCACAGCCUAGCCCCCUGAGGGAGCAGCCCCCACCGCUGCCACUGCCACCACCCACACCUCCAGGCACCCUGGUACAGUGCCAGCAGAUUGUCAAGGUCAUUGUCCUGGACAAACCCUGCUUGGCCCGCAUGGAGCCCCUGCUGAGCCAGGCUCUGUCCUGUUACGCCUCAUCCUCCUCAGACUCCUGUGGCUCCACACCCUUGCGUGGUCCAGGCUCCCCAGUUAAGGUCAUCCACCAGCCUCCACUGCCCCCGCCCCCGCCCCCAUACAACCACCCUCAUCAGUUCUGCCCCCCAGGCUCCAUGCUGCUCCGGCGCCGUUACUCCAGCGGCUCCAGGAGCCUGGUGUAGGCUCUACCCUUAGCGCCCCGAUGUCCCAGUGGGCUGUCCUUUGGGAAUCUGGGCUGCUCGUCGGCACUGCUCACAUCUAGGCGUAAUGCCUUCCUGGCCACUGGUCACUAUUGUAGAAAGAGAAUGCCUUGGCAAGAUGGUUUGCUUGACCCAACCAUCCUUCACUAACUGAUUUGAGUACCUUGCCACCAAUGUGUAACCACCUUCUCACUCUUCUAGGGGGUCCCACAUGGCCAGAUGGACCUUCUCCUCUGUGUUCACCAUGCUCCCCUUAUUAGAUUGUAGAUUGAAGGAAACUGAAGCCAAGGGGCCUGUGGGCUGAUGGGCUUGCAAUCUUGGUCUAUCAGUGUCCAUGUCUUGGGCCAAGAACAAAAGGCUGAACCUGCCAGCAGCACCCUCCAGGACAGGGGCCGGCUACCCCAGCAUAAGGUGUAUCUAUGCCCCCAGCUGAAUCAAGGAAAGCUAUCCCUGGCUCCCUGGCAGGACCUAGGCGUAGUAGAAGGGAGCUCUGUCUACUGCGUCUGUUAUCCAAACCUAUAGUCAGGAAACUGGUUCUUAGCUCCCCAGGGAUGUUGGCUCCCUGAACCAUGUCCACUCUCCUGCCUUCCCCAGACCCAGGAAAGACCCAAGAAAGAGAAGGGUCCAGGGUAUUCAGUUCUGUCUGGGUCAGUUCAACGUGGCCCUGCGACGGUGAGGUCAUGUCUGCAAAGUGCACUUUUAAAGAACAUUUCUUGGUUCUCUAAGCCUUAAACGCUCGGCCAGUACCGAGUGUACACAGGCAGUUAUCCGUAAACACAUGUGAGAACCAGGUUGAUGACUUCCUGGUGGAACCAGAAGCAAGGAAAUGGGGUUUCAGCUCUGCCCGGCCGAGGUAUGACUUGGCCUGGAGGCGGGGAUUCCUGGUGUAUGACUGUGCAGCCUCUGUACAAAGACAAGGUGAAGCAGUGGGGUUCCAGAGUCACUGUGCCAACCCUGUUGUCCUAGCUUUGAAACAGUCCCUCCCUGGAAAAUGAUGCUGGCUUCCAGCAGGGAUGGCCUAGAGUUCCUGGAUCUUUGAAACUGCAGAGCAGAGCAGAGCAGGAAAACUCAUCAGCUUCCCAGGCCUUCAUCAGCACCAGAGCCAGCACAGGUAGCCCUGGCCCUACAGAGCCCCAGAGACAACACGGGUGGUGUCACGGAUGGUCACAUUCAUGCUGUUUUCAGGGACAUCUUUCACAAGCCAGGCCAGCCUCCUUUGUCCUAUGCCAACAGCUAUAUCUGACUGUCCUCAAGAUGUCCUCCUAUCAGAGCCUGUUUUUAAAGUUUCCCUAGAGGCAAGAGGCACAGUGAACGUUGCCAUGGUUGGAAGUGAAUUAGCUUUUCCUGGUCCCUACUAUACCCCCCCCCAAGAUUCAGUACUCUGAACCAGAUAGGAGGCAUAAAUAACCCAGGCUAUUAGAGGGGCCAAAUGACCCCAUUUCACAUGUAUGCAUGUGUACAUGCGUGCAUGUGUGCAUGUGUGCGUGUGAGUGUGUGUGUGAGUGAGUGUGUGUGAGUGUGUGUGUGUGUGUGUGUGUGUGUGUGUGUGUGUGUGUGUGUGUGUGUUUUCACCCAAAGGUCAUUAUGAUGUCACCCAGGGCAUUUCUGGCCUAUUCCUGUAACUUUUGGCCAAUAUACUGUCUCCCCAGAGGCUCCCUGCCUGUGUUCUUCUGAGUUGGCUGCCUUGGGCCCCUUCUAGAGCACCGGUAUUUCAGAAAAUCAUCAGAAUCUGUCAGGCUGGAACAGCUGACAGAUAGGUGCCAUGCCUAGACACCUCACCCACCUGGGCCGGAGCAGAAAGGGCAGAGCCUGGGGAACGCACAGAGCUUUGAUUGUGAUUGGAUGAACAAGAUAACUGAAAAUAGAGGGGAGUAUAUGACUAAUAUGGAGGAUGUGGGGUAUGAAGGAGUGUGAGUUAUGAAUGUGUCUUAGCAUGUUUCUGGAGUGGAGGUCAUGAUGUCGAGGGCUGAUGAAGAGGGACAUAGCCCUAGAUAGCCCAGUUCCCAUUGCAAACCCUGCUCUCUGCUCACAUCUGGCUUCAUGCUAACAGUGCCCUCUGCCCCUCCCAGCUCAGCUGAAGCCUGACUUUCCAGAUGAGCUCCAGCAUCAGCAGAGGUUUGGGGCCUGGCCCACCUGCACAGGCUCUGAGAACCCAGAGCCUCAGCACUCUGCACCUUUUCUACAGGGAGAGGCUUACUCAAGGUUGCUGUAGUAGCUCACCUACACCCUGCUAGCCAGAGCAAAGUCCUGCACAGGAAGCCACACUGCUUGGGGUCACAGCAUGGAACAUCCCUGAGCUGGCAGGACUUUGAGCCCCCAGUAGCCCAGUGCAGGAAGAACUGGCCCACCUUACUGAUCAGGCAAAGUUAAAGCCCUAGCACCUGUUCUCAUAUCAGCCACCCUGCAAAUGGUGGGAUUCAUCUGUACCUUAGUCCCUAGAGACCUGGGAGAAGCCUCCUCCCCAUCCUGAUGGCAGGGCCUCCAUUUUUUUGUAGAGGCCCAGAAAGAGGCUCUUGAGACUCCAGUUGUCUCAAAAAUUAGGGGAGAGGUGGAGUGCUAGCUGAGCUCCCAGAUCCAAGCACCCUAAAAACGCCCCAGUCCAUCAACUCUCUAGGCCUUACUUUGGGGAGCCUGGGAUCCUCUUCCAAUUUCUCCAUUUGGCCCCAACUCUAGAACCAAGUGGGAGGUGGAACCAGCUUUCUUACCUCCUUUUAGGCAAUCCCACCUAGUGUAGUCCUGUCUUGGCAGCCUUUCCUGGAAGCUGGCCUGUCUGUCUUUUCGUCAGCAAAGAUGUCUUGCUCCCACAAAUAUGUAUUGGUCCUGGGUUUUUGCUCCCCCUACUCCAGUGUCCAAAGAGUACCGGGAUGUCUCUGUUACCUGGUAGAGGUUCCCGAUGUCAUUCAUCUGUCUGUCUCUGCAUCAGCUGACCAUCUUCCAGUGGUACCUCUCCUCCCCUGCUCACCCCUCACCAGAUGGAGUGAUAGCUCUCUGGGGACAGGCAGGGUGGCUGCACUCAGCAACUAAUCCAAAUGGCAAAUAUUUUGUAACAAAAUAGCCCAGAGGUAUUUUAUCUGUUCAAUUCCUAGAGUUUUAGAGAUUCUAUUGAACUGUGUCACUUGAGCAAA